UAAACCGCAAACAUUGGCUGUAUUUACACAUUCUAAUUAUGAAUAGCUACAUAUAUCACCUGUCCAACCCACGUUUGCGCCCUAAUUGAGCAGUAACGAAUUCUUGACACCGGAUGCUUGGCGAAAUGGCGACAAGCGACGCCGUUUCGCAGCCUCCCGGCGAGGACCCAAAGUCUGAGACCUUCAGCCGGCUGAGCUCGAUGUCGCCGCUCAGCAGCCUGCUGCCCGACCAGGUCGCGCUGCCCUCCAUGCCGUCCGGCGGAUGGCCGGGCUUCGCGUGCGCUUCGGCGACGACGCUCGGCGAGCUUUCAGCCGGAUCAGGAGCUCGCACCGAAGCGAUGGUCAGCGGCGCGAUGCUGUCCAACCCACUGUUCCUCCUGGCAUCCAUGGCGCUUGAAGAGAUGCUGUCUGGCCCCUUCACGGCGCUCGGCCCCGGGGGCGUAUUCGCCAACCCGCUCUUCUCACCCGAGAUGCUUUCCCGCGCCGCUUCCCGAGCCCCCUCCAUCGCCACCACCAACACGGCCGGAGCGCAGCCCGACCCUGCCUCCUCCCCCUUCGCCGCAUCCGCUGCCACCACCGCGGCCCUGGCCACACGCGGCGACUCCUCCACUUCCACUUCUGCCAGCGCUGCCACCGGCGCCGACGUCGACGAAUCCCGCAGUAGCCGGAGCAGCUCGCUACGCUCGCUCGCGUCUGAGGACGUAGCAAUUAUCGCGAUGCUGCGAGCCGCUGUCCGCCUGGGUCUCGGGCAGCUGCUGGGUUGGGCCAACGCCUCCGCUGCGGAGCUGCCGGCGUUCCCGCCGCCGCUGCAGCGGCGCCGGCGCGGCGCCCGCGGCGGCAGCGGCGCCGGCGGCGCACACUACAGCCCGGCGGCACUGCAGGGCCUGCGGCCGCUGGGAGAGGGGCCCGGGGGCGGCGGCGGCUACACGCGUGUGGUCAAGGCGCGGUCGCUGCAGCAGCAGCAGCAGCAACGGCAACAGCAGCAGGAGGAGCAGAGGCAGCAGGAGGAGCUGGCUGCUGGAGUGGGGGGCCAGCUUGAGCCUGACGGCGGCGGCGAGGCGGACGCCGGUGCUGCCAAUGGCGGGCCCGGAGCGUCGACAUCUGCUGGCAGGCGGCGUGCAGCAUCCGCCGCGGGGGCCGACGGACGCGGCGGCGGCGAGACGGGUGUGAGCCGCGGGCCGCUGGCGCUGCCGCCGCUGCCACUGCGCCCGGCGAUGGCAAAGGUCACGCUGCGUGAUCUGGCGCCGCCGCCGUCGCGUGUCGCCGGCGGCGGCGGCGGCGCCGCAGCCGCAGCCGCCUUUGGCUCCAGUGCUGCCAAGACGGAUGAGGACGGCGCCAGGGGCGGCGUUCCUGCGGAGCUGCAUGCCGCGCUGCAGCGGCAGGAGGAGCAGCGGCGGCGCGAUGCGGCGGCGGCGGUGGCGGCGGCGGCGGCGGCGGCAGCGGCUACCGCUGCAACAGCGGAGGCCGGCACUGGCGCAGCAGUGGCGGAGGCAGGUGCCCUCGACCUGAAGCGCUCACCCGCACCGAUGGGCGCUGACUCAACCUCUGCAAUGGAGACUGUGGCAGCGGCGCUGGCUGCCGGCGCCGACGGCGCCGCGGCGGCCGAGUCAGCGAGCGCAGGCCGCAAGCGUGGCAGCGGCGCCGGCGCCGCCCCCAAGGGCCUCGGCAGGUAUGGCCAUCUGCUUCCGCUGCGGCACCCUCGCACCCACGUGCAGCGCUACACUGGGCUGUUUCCAGCAAGGGCGAAUGGCUCCAACGCCGGUGCCGUACCCUGCCUGCCGCUGCGCUCACAGGGCCUAAGCGCCCGUCGCGGAGCGGCGGGCGUGCCGCCGCCGGCGGCGCUGCCGGCGGGGGCGGCGGCGGCGGCGGCGGCGGGCAGAGCGCGGCAGUCUGGCACCAGGAGCAGUGACGCGCGCCACGCGCCCGGGCAGGACGGCCAGCACCGGCAAGUGGAUGUGGGCAGUGGCGACGCCCCUGGCAGUGGAACAAGUGUUGGGCAGGUGGCAGAGAGGGAGGGUGUGGAGGCAGGCGCGAGGCCGGCUGCGGCGGUCAUGACCGACGCAGGCGUCCUCUUGCUGCUGCCAAACGCGCCGGCGGGUAGCAACGGCAGUAGCAGCGGCAGUAGCAACAGCAACAGCAGCGGCAACAGCAGCAGCGGAGACGCCAGUGCUAGCGGCCUGGCUGGGAGGCCGCCGGCGGUUGUGACGGCAACGGCGGCGGCGGCCCUCGUGCUGGCGGUGAUUAAGCAGUCAGCAGCGGGAGGCCCGGUCGGCGACGCUGCCGCCCCUGGCGACGCCAUCGCUUCCAGCGCCGCCGCCGCCGCUGCUACUGCCAUUGCCGUUGCUACUGGCGCCACACCAACUGAUGCUGCGGCAGCGGCACUCGAGCAGGGUACCGCAACUUCGGCGGCGGUGACGGCGGCAGGCUCAGAGGCCAAGGACGCUGUGACGUCCGUCGCGGCUGAGGAGAAAGAGAAGGACGAGAAGGACGAGAAGACAGAGGAGGAAAUGAAGGAGGGGGAGGAAAUGAAGGAGGGGGAGGAAAUGAAGGCAGAGGAGGAAAUGAAGGAGGGGGAGGUGCUGCCGCAGGUGACGGCCAUCGGCGAGCCCGGCGUCGCUACCGACACGACAGCUGAGGCGGCCACGGCUCCGCUGCCGUCAUCGUCGGCACCGGCACCCGCAACGCCUGCACUGGACUCACAGCCCCAGCCCCAGCCCCAGAACCAGCCGCAGCCGCAGCCGCAACCGCACCCAGCGCCGCGCAUCGGUCGCGGCCUGGCGCCCUACUCCCAGCGCCACCCGGGCUCGCCCUCCUCCCCCGCCUACAACCCCCUCGCCGCCUACCCGGGCAGCCCUGGAGCCGUGUCCCGCGCCGCCCAGGGCUACAAGCCCGCAGGCCCCUGGCGCGCCGCCGUCCGCGCCGCCGACAGCCCCGCCGCCACCUCCGCCUGCGCCUCGCCUGCAGGGCCCUCCUCCGCCCGCUCCUCCGCCGGCGGUGCGCCGGAGACGGCGGCGGUGGCGGCUGCGGUAAUUCCACCGCCGGCAAUGCCGCUGACUCCGACGCUUGCGGCGGCGGCGGCAGCGGCGGCACCGGCACAAGUGGAAGCGCCGACGUCGGCGGUGAUGGCAACUGCAGAGGUAAAAAUGGAGGCGGUCGCGGCCGCGGCCGGCGACGGGGCUGCUGCUGCCACUAGUGCGGGUGCCUCCGUGGAUGAGGGUCACCGUGCGGGCAGUGGUGACAGCGGCAGCGAUAGCAGCAGCAGCGGCGGCGCAGGCGGCGGAGGCGGCAGUGACUGCUGCGUCAAGUCCUCGACUUCGGACAUCGCGGUUGCGGUCCUGGACGGUGGCAUUGAUGAUGGCCAGGACGGCAGCGCGGAUGCCGGCGCGCUCAAGCAAGCGCCAACCGCCGCCGCUCCAGAUGCCGUCGCCGCCGCUGCCACCGCUGUCUCGCCCACGACCACAGCCUGUGUGCCGUCAGUGGCGGCGCAGCAAGCCGAGCAUCCAUCACGCCACCCCGAGCCCGAGCUACAGGCGGCAGCGGCGGCGGCGCCCACCGCAGCGCCAGUCGUGACGCCGAAGCUGUCGCAGCUGCCUAGCCUGGAACUCAUGACAGGUGGCGGCGGUGGCAGUGACAACGACAAGCAAACCAUGAGCACUGCCGCUGCUGUUGCUGCCGGCGCUGCCUCCUCGUCUGCCUCCUCGAGCUCGGAGUCAGAGUCGGGUGACCUGGGUCGCUUCCUGCUGGGAGACCUGGAGGAGUCCUGCAGCCUCAGCCUGGCUGGCUCCUUCAUGCACCUGCACACACACCAGCUGCCGCCGCACCUGCAGCGCCUGCGCGCGGGCAGCGGCUCCGCCAGUGGCGCCGCCGGCAGCGCCGCCGGCAGCGCGGCUGCUGACGGUGGCGCGGGCAUGGGUGCGGGUGGUGCUACUGCCGGCUCGGAGGCGGUGGUGCUACUGCCGCCGGCGCCGCCCAGCGGCGCCUUGGAGGCCGAGGCGGAUGAGGAUACGGGGGACGAGGGCAUGCUUGCGGCGGAGGCGGAGGCCGCGGCCGCUGCUGUUGUAUGCGGCGGAGGCGGUGGCGGUGGCGGUGGGAAUGGCAGUAGCAGCGCGGGUAACAGCAGCAGCGGUGUCAGUCCGGUUGUCGGUCCGGCAUCGGGAGGCACGAUGGUGCAAGCGGACCGUGGUGACCUGGGGUCCGGAGGUGCGCUGGGCUCGCCAAAGCCCAAGGGUGGCUCGCGCAUUCCCGUUGCGCCGCCUCGUGCCAACCCCCGUGCCAAAGACGGUUGCGCGUCUGGCGUUCCCACCACCGCUACCACCACGACCACCACCACUACCACUUCCAACAGCAGCGGCGCUACCCGCACCGCUGCUGUCACCGAGGUAACCAACAGCGGCGCCGCCACUGCCACCUGCCUGAACGCGGCACCCCAAUCGCCGGCGCCAGGCGGGGGAGCUGCUGGCAGCCGCAUCCCGCGCUUUGACGGUGUGGGCAUGCCGCGGUCGGGCCUUGCCACCACUCCCACUCCCACUCCCAUCCCCAAUCCGCCAGCCACGGUCACCGCCACCACCACGACCAACAGCGCCGUCGCCUCCACAACCAGCGGAUCCACCGCCACCGCAGCCGGCGAGCCCGGCUCGCUGGUCCUGGUCCGCACCUCACCAGCCGCCUCUAUCGCCUCCCUCGCCGUCGCCAGGCGCACGGCCGUUCUGUCCUCCCUCACCUCUGUCCUCAUGCCGCCAGGCACUGUGGCGGCGCCGCCGCAAGCCGACCUUGACGCGAGCGGCGGCGGCGGCGGCGGCGGCGCAGCCGCCCUGCGUACGCCGCAACGCUCCGUCGGCAUGCCCGACCCUUUCGCGGGCGCGCUGCCGCAGUCUGUGGUGGUGCUGGACAUCGGCGAGAGGUGGCGGGCACUGUUGGAUGACCCUCGGCCGGCGCCGUCGCUGCCAACGGUGGCGUCAGGCGCCUCCGGCGGCGCCAGCCCGCCGGGCAGCUCUGUGACGGCGGCGGCGGUCAGCGGCGCCUUCGGCGGCGGCGCCGCCGCAGAGAUCAUGGGGAUGGUGAAGACAGCGGCCAUGGCUGCAGCUGCCACAGCCACCGCCGGGGCGGUCGCGUACACGACGGCAGGUGGUGAUGGUGGCGUCGGUGGUGGUGGGGUGGCGGCGGCGUUGCGCUCGCGCGUGCCUUCGGCGGCGGCGAAUGCCAUCGCAAUGCAGCAGUCCUCAUGCGCUGUGGCGGCUGUAGCGGCCAUGACGGCGGCAGUAGCACUUGCCGCCGUGGCGGCCUCUACGCCCGGCUCCCGACGGCCCUCCAGCACACACCUGUUGGCGGCCUCUCUGUCUCGGGCCGCCCUUCCCGCCGCCACUGGAAGCACUGCAAUGGAGGAGGCACCGGGCGCGGUGCCUAGCGCCGGCGCUGGUUGUGCUGGCGGUGGCGGCGGCGGCGGAGCUGCGCGGAGCUGCGUGAGCGUGCAGGCGGAUGACGUGGCACUCAUUGAGGCGCUCAUGGCGCGACUGGAGCGUGUGGGCGGUGCCGCGGUGGAGCUGGCGGCGUGGGGCCAGGAGGCGGCGGCGCAGGCGGCGGCGAUGUAGGCCGAGUGGUGGCUUCUGCUGUGUUUGGGAAAAGCGCCUGGGGAAAGGGUCGACACUUCGUGUGUGUGGGGGAGAAGGGGUUGUUUGCGCCAUCAGGGGCUACAUGCCUAAACAACAUAAGUGCCGAUAUGUGGACACAUAGGUAUACUUAGGAAGACUGACGGAGGCGAUGACGAAGGUGGGAGUUUUGCAUUACGGUACAUCGCGGUGACUGCAUGGAUGUGGACACAGGUUGUGCCGUGCUGGGUUCUGGUGCUCGGGGGAUGAGGGCUGCUAGCGCGUGCGGCCGUACAUUGUCAUGGCGGACUUCGCGACCCGAUCAUACGCACAUAGCGCGUGGGCGCUUGGGUGGUAUGAGACGUGGCGAGGCCUUGACACGAUGAACGACGUGACACAGCAAGAUGGGCUGAAACUGGCGGGUCGCCAGGACUGCAACCCGCGUGUGAUACAGGACUGACGGGCACUGUAAUCUACUUACUGA